UACAAAUGUUCCCUUUCCAAUUGAAUGGGUCAUACGGUUGUUAAGAAGCAUGUCCGUCGAACGACAAAAGAAGGCAGCGCUGCGCAAGAACACAAGUUGGAACGUUAAAGAAACGCCAGCCAGAAUGAGUAAUGCCGUGUGGAAUCCAUCAUGCAGUGACUAUUUAGGCUCUGCCUCACGUACAAGUGCUUUUCCUCGUUUCUCCUUUGAUAAUUUCUUGAAGGCAGCUGUUACAUCUGUUGCUGACACGUCGAAACGACAGCAAUUCACAGCCAUGGAUCGUUGCUAGCUUGUUGUUAAGGUGGGCUGGUCUUCCCAUCGGUAGUUGCAGACAAGGAUGGCUGAAUCAGAAAUUCGAUAUACUAAGAUAGAUGGACUCACUUGGGUUCGCAGAAAGUUCAGGGAACUGUGGCCACGACGUUCGGCGAAUUCGACGCAAAGAUCUUAUUUGGAAUUCAUCAAGGGAUUCCAAAGGAAGGAAUGUAUCAAGUUCGUCCCAGAGACCGCUGUGGGAGACGCUAGCGACAUCUGUCUCUGCGGGCUGAAGCAAGCAGAGACGUAGCUUUCCCUGAAGUUCGUGCAUCCCCUCCUCCUGUGUAUAUUGAAGGUUCUCGAGCUACCUCGGCCUUUGUCGUGCCGCCGGGGUCGAGCGGGAACAGGGCGGAUCCUUCCGUGGAGGCCUACCCGAAAUCCCGACGGGAUUCCUUCGUGGAAGUCUCGUGGAAUCCCCAGGACCACAUCAAAACGUUGCCGACAGAUUCCUACGGGAAACUGAGCUUCGACAAUGAGAGUUUUGACUCCAUGGAACCCGUCCACUACCUGAGACUCUCCGACGACUCCCAAAUCUCCUACGUGAAGGAAGGCUCGGAGCCCGAAGUCCUGAGGCUCCUGAGGAAGUACUGGAGCAUCCUGGAGCCUCACUGGCCCAACUUAGUCAUCUCGAUCACGGGGGACACGCUGGCCUCCGGAAUCGACGCCUUCAAGAGGGAGAAACUCCUCUCGGUGUUGAUCAAGGCUGUGAAAUCGACCAACGCGUGCCUGGUCACUGAUGGUCUGGAUGUAGGAUACACUCGCCUCGUCGGCAAAGUCGUUUCCAAAGCGCAGUUCCUGCAUGAUAUCCGUGGACAGACAGUGCCAGAAAUCAAGUGCAUUGGGAUUGUUCCAUUCGGCCGAUUCAGAGGUGGCCCAGUCUCCUUCAAGAACAACGGGAGAAUACUUCACAUCAGCGACAAUGGAACCACUGAUGCACCCGGACUGAACAGGGACCACACACAUCUGCUUUUGGUCGACAACGGGUUUUGUCACGAGAAAGCUAACGCCGAUAAUUUCAGAUCCCGCCUCUUGAACGACAUCCAAGAGAAGCCCCCGAUGGGUUUCGGAAUCCCCGUCGUGGUCCUGUUGCUGGAGGGUGGGUUCCUCGCCAUCAAACAGUGCCAGAUGGCACUCCGGAGGCAGAACCCCGUCCUGGUCGUUGAGGGAACUGGGAGAGGGGCAGACCUCCUCGCAUACGCGGCCAGUCGGUAUUCGUUGCCCAUGAAAGUGGAAGGAAAAGUCUCGGUGAGGCAGAACCACACCGAGGAACAACUUCAGGACAUCCGGGCUCACGUUUCUCAGUUCCUACCUGACCUCGAUGAGGAAAAAAGUCAGGAAUGCGCCCAGGCAGUAGCUGAAUGCUGCGAAAUGGGGAAGCUGAUAACGGUGUUCAACGUCAACACUGACACCGGCAUGGAGAAGUCAAUAUUGCGAGCCCUGCUCACAGGUCGCUCGAAACUUCUUGGCCAGCUAGAGUUGGCUUUGCAAUGGGACAGAGUGGACGUUGCAGAAGAGCUGAUAUUCCCUCUGCUGCAGAACUCUGGGGGGAACGUGUCCCAGCUGAACAACAUCAUGACGAAGGCCAUCCUGGGCGAGAAGAAGGCCUUCGUGGAGUUCCUCCUGCAGGCGGGGGUCGUUAUGUCACAGUACCUGACGGUUCCUGUGCUGAGGGAACUUUACAGGGAGGGUGGAAUAAAGGAACCAGACUCCCACCUGCGAGAACUCCUGCAGAAGACUCGAGAGGCGGACAUUUACCUGUGCGACGUCCACGCCCUCCUGGAAAAACUGGUCGGGAAUCACAAAAAUAAACUUUACGAAACUGACAGCCAGGAUGUUUGGGAGAAGGAAGCCUGUUUUGAGGAUCCCUACCUGGAACUCCUGCUGUUUGCAGUGCUGAGCAGGAGAGGCAAACUGGCUUUGUAUUUGUGGAACAAAUGCAAGAAUCCCUUGAGCGCGGCCAUUGUCGCUACGUGUCUUUACCAGUCCUUGGCGGAUUCGCUGCGCGUCGAGGAGACAAACCUCCGGAAGGUGUACUUGAGCAUGAAGGACGCCUUCGAGAAGCUGGCCGUCGAGUUAUUGGACAUCUGCUUCGAGGAGGACCGCACCAAAUCCUUACAGCUGGUGGAGCAGGUGUGUCCCAGAUGGGGCAAUUUGCACCUGAUGGACCUGGCCCUCAUAGCCCGGGACAUGAGGCUGAUUUCGUCGGUCUGCUGCCAGGAGAGCGUCACUGAGAGAUGGAAGGCGAUCAAAGGGAAAUUUCAAGUGCGCCAGAUGUUCCGUGUCCUUGUGGUACUUUUACACUUCUACCUGGUUCUGAUACACUUAGUGUACAGUCCUUCCAUGUUAGAAUUACUGCUGUGUUCCUUGGUGCUCUCCGAUGCUAUAGAGAAGGCCUUUGAGGCAAUAUUUAGCAAGACUCUCAAGCUGUGGUUUUCGGCCUGGACUUUCUUUGACUUAUUCGGCCAAGUGGUUUUCUUCGCUGGAUUUCUGUUUAGGCUGAGACCGGAAACCUUUUAUAUCGGGAAAAUCCUGUAUUCCUGCUGCUCGAUGCUCUUCAGUUUCCGCCUCUUCAGGGUCUACUACAUCAGCAGCAGACUCGGACCCCUCAUUCUCAUCUUCAUCUUCAUGAUACCAAAGCUCCUGGAAUUCCUAGCCUUCUUGCUGGUCCUGCUCAUAGGAUACGGAAUCACGUCGAAGGCGCUGAUGUACCAUCCUUGCAACACCCGGAAGUCCUUCGAGAACUUUGACAGUGUCACAGAGUUCCUGGAGGACAUCAUCUUCAAUCCUUACUGGGUGAUAUUCGGCGAACUUAUGCUGGACGAGUUGCAGAGUCACUCGUACAACGUCUGCCAGAAGUUCAACUGGGACUGGUCAUGGGCCACUUCUUGUGAGACCUGCGACCCGGACGACGCCACCGUCCCGAAUUGCAGGUGCGUGAGGUCAACCCAGGCCGAGCGGAUAGCCACCAAACUCAUGUUGGCCGUUUACCUGGUCGCCGGGAACGUCCUGCUGCUGAACCUCAUCAUCGCUAUUUUCACUAACGUCUUCCAGUACGUCCAGGAAAAGAGCAGCGAGCACUGGAAGUUUGAGAUGUACCGUCUCAUCCGCGAGUACGAGACGCGACCGGGGAUUCCACCCCCCUGGGGCCUCUUUUCCUACGUCAGGAUUUUGAAGAAGAAGUUUACGCCGUGGCAGGAUGCUUCCGUUAACCCUAGUUGUGAAGAUGAAGACGAGGAACGGGACGAGGAGAGGAGCCGGGCCUCCCUGAGGAUUUUCGUCCAAAACAACGCCCAGGUGGAACCCCCCCGGCCUCAGCCCUUGCCCGAAAUCGUCGAGGUCUUCGAACGGCUAACUCGUUUAGAGGAGAACAUAUCAAACACGCUGAGCAAUGUGGAGCGAGUGUUCGCUCAUCAGGCUCUGGCAGAACGCAAGGAGAAACCGGAAGUGACUAUCACGGCGCCCUUUGAGAAGCCGUUCGAGAAACUCCUGGACCUUCCCGAGAAGAUUAGCCUCCUGGAGGAACACCUUCGGUCGUCCCAAACCAGGCUGGAAAUAGCACAAGCCCAGCACCGUCAGGAGAUCGGAAACCUUCAGGAAUUAGUGAAGAAGUUGGUCCCUUCGUCCCCCGUCAGGAAAAAAGGCUUCUCGACGACAUAGGCCUAAGGCUCCCGUUAAUCUCUUCGUCGAAGAAGAAGAAGAAGAAGAAUAAGUUAUUUACCUUGAAGAGGAUCGUUUAUUUUGUGAUAUUGAGUGGGCGUCUGCUAAUAACUUUUAGCGGACUUUGUUGUUUUCUCCUGUUUAGAGACCUAUAUACGAGUUCAAACACAUUUUAACCGUCAGUGAAUAAGUAAGGUAAGUUACUGUAAUGGAACGAGCUAUAGUCAGUGAACGAAAGAUGCAAUUUAUUUUUAUAUUUUGUAUUUGCUCAAUUUUCUGACACAGUUGCCUCAAUUUGGAUGUUGGAAUCUGCCAUAGUUUUUAACACUGAAAGCUUCACGUUGGGUCUAGAAAAGGGGGGACCCCAAUUGGUACUAGGUAUACUGCAUAAUUGACCUCUUCCUAACCACCUUUACACCGUCACUAGAUGGAUGCCUUUUGAGUUUCUUCAAACAUUCAUUUGUUUUGUUAGACUCUUCAUCGUCGUGGACAUCAUAAUUAAACUUUGCCGUCUGCAAAUAAACAAGUUUCACUCAAAUGCUUUUCCUGGUAUUAGUACUACCAUGCGCGGUAUACCUAUCGUUCACUCAUAUUUCUCGAGUACCAUUCAAUAUGGUUCAAUUUGAAAUCCGUUUGUGUAUGCUGAAUACAAUUCAAGACAACGUAUAUGAUAAGGGUUCAAUGGAAAAAUCAAAGGCUAGGAUAGGCUAUGAUAGGUUAAGGAAAUUAGGUUAUAGGCGUGUUAGGGAAGGUUAGUUCGGUAUGUAUGUAUACGCUACUACCUGCGUCCCCAUCAAAUGCAGUAUCCCCAACUAUAUUUUCGGUUUAAUAGGCAAUAUCUCUGUGGUUUUUUAAAAUCAUUUUUAAUGGAAUUUUCAGGAUAGAAAGACAGUUGCCUUAAAGGAGAAGUGAACACAGUUUGAACACAUUCCAAUUUUAUUAAAUAUAUAAAAGAUCUUUCAAAAUACCCCGGGCACUGAUUUCUUUGCACUGCAGAAGAAGGUAAAAGGUUGUGCACUUUGUUGAAGUACUGUAUCUAGAAGUGAAUUCCAAAAAGUUCUUUUCGACAUGACGGCCGAAAACACUGAAAUUGGAGUGAUUAUAACAUUAGGCACGACACCAUUACAUCUAGGUUUGAUUAUAUUUCGUCUUAAAAAAGUUACGUUGGGCAUUUGAUAAUUGUUAUUGAAGGCUUUAUUUACUAAACAAACAUUCUCUGAUGAUUACACAUAAGUUCCAGUUGACUUAAAGUAGUAGUAGUGAUAAUAAUGAUAUUAUAGUACUAGUGGUAGUAAGAGUAGUAUAGUACUAGUGGUAGUAAGAGUAGUUUAGUACUAGUGGUAGUUGUAAUAGUAGUAUAGUACUAGUAUAGUAGUAGGUGGUGGUGGUGGCAUCAGGUGUCUUUACGGAUCCAAAAAUGAUAUUGGCAAUUUCGUCAGACAUUUUCUCUUAUAAACGAUGAGAUUUAUCUGUUAUAUUUUAUUUACAUGAAUGAAUUAUGCUUAGUACUACUACUUUUUUGUCUUGGGUUAUAGGUAGGGGGAAGGCCUUAUUUACGAAUAUUUAUGGUACCAUUAUUGAACUUUACAUUUUUAUUAAACGUUCCAUCGGGAGAGAGAGAGAGAGAGAGAGAGAGAGAGAGAGAGAGAGAGAGAGAGAGAGAGAGAGAGAGAGAGCUUUCCGGACAUGAUCGUAAGCUAAGCUGGUUCGACUGGUUUUGCACGACGAGAGAGAGAGAGACUCGUCGAUCAGUUGCAUAAAAUAGCUUAAAAUUUAUCUACAUACAAAACAUGCUUUGAAUUUCAACAAUAACAUUUAUUCAGCGUAAAAUCUCUUCCACUUGACCGAGCGUUAACAUAAUGUAAUAUGAGUACAUGCAUAUAUAUGGCGUAAUAUCUCGUUAUCCAUGAACUAACGUAUUUUAAUCCAUAGCUUAUUCUGUGUAGCCAAUGUUGCUGGUGUGAUAUGAAUAGCAUUCACAUGUAUACAAAAUGUCUCUGUUCAUGAGCUAUGAAGAAAACGAUAUUGGAAUGCAGUAAGAAAUAUAUGAGUAUAUUCAUAAAUAAAUGGAUAAAUUUAUGUAUAAAUAACUUGAAAACAUAAAAAAAAAAUUUAUAUACAGAAUUUUCUAACGCUAAAUGAACUGUAAAAUUUAUUAUAUAUUUGUGUUUGGUGUGGGUAUUCUUAUGAUAUAAUGGACUAAAAAUAUCCUUAAUUUAGAAGUAACUACAAAGCCUCUGCUGUAAACGGUGAUAAAUAUCAUUGCGAAAUUAGAUUUGUCGAUCG